UCUGACAAACCCAGAGUAAGAAAAGACUCCCUUUCCCAGAAUGCAAGGAGGGGAAGGGGGGCGGGCAGAGGAAAUUGAUUAGGGGCAAAGCAUAGGGCUGAAUUUAAAGCUGUUGCUUCUCUGGGAGCUGUACUUUGACCCUGCCAGGGGAGAAGGAGUGAGGUGGGUGGAAUAAGUGCUGUGUGUCUCUGCUACCCCAGUCUCUCUCUGCUUUGAACCUGCAGGGCCAGCUGUGGCCGUGGGUGCUGUGCUGGGGGAGCAGGGGUAAGCAAGGGGUGCGGGAUGGAGCCCCUCUUCGUGCGUGGCAGCCAGCUGCUCUGGAGAAUGCUUAGCCCUCUGAGGUUCUCGGCAACUUUCCUGACAGCCAAGCUCCAGCCACCUUUGCUGAGCAGCCCCAGAGCUAGCCUGUGUUUGUGGGUCACAGCUCACCCUCCUGCAGCUGGCUCCUUGCCUGGCUUCCACCGUGGGGGCUCGGAGAGCCUGCUCGCUGGGCACGGUGCCCCUCGCCGCUUUCUCACUGGCUCUAGCCUCAAUCUGCCUCCCAGUGCUGAGCUCAUAGCCAGGCCCGUGGGGGUCUGCUCCAUGAUGAAGCUGCCCAUUCAGACUUCACCAGAGGGACUAGAUGCUGCAUUUGUUGGGGUGCCCCUUGACACGGGAACCUCCAACCGUCCUGGCGCAAGGUUUGGCCCUCGCCAGAUUCGAGCCGAGUCGUGCAUGGUGAGGACGUAUAACCCCAGCACUGGGGCAGCACCUUUCCAUUCCCUCAUGGUUGCUGACAUUGGUGAUGUGAACGUGAACCUCUACAACCUGCAGGACAGCUGCAGGCAAAUCCGAGAAGCCUAUCAGAAGAUUGUGGCAGCCGGCUGCAUUCCCCUCACGCUGGGUGGCGAUCACACAAUAACAUACCCGAUCCUGAAGGCAGUAGCAGAGAAGCAUGGUCCUGUGGGACUGGUGCACGUGGAUGCUCAUACCGACACAGGAGACACAGCGCUGGGGGAGAAGAUCUACCAUGGGACGCCAUUCCGACGCUGUGUGGACGAGGGGCUCCUGGAUUGCAAACGCGUGGUUCAGAUUGGAAUCAGGGGCUCCUCCUAUACCCCGGAUCCCUACAAAUACUGCCGGGACCAGGGUUUCCGUGUUGUCCUGGCUGAAGACUGCUGGUUGAAGUCUUUGGUACCACUGAUGGCGGAGGUGAGAAAGCAGAUGGGAGCCGAGCCCAUUUACAUCAGCUUUGAUAUUGAUGGAUUAGACCCUGCAUACGCCCCUGGCACAGGGACACCUGAAAUUGCUGGUCUCACACCUGCUCAGGCUUUGGAGAUCAUUCGUGGGUGCAAAGGACUGAAUAUAGUGGGAUGCGAUCUUGUUGAAGUUGCACCAAUCUAUGAUGCUUCUGGUAACACAGCCCUCAUGGGAGCAAAUCUGCUGUUUGAAAUGCUGUGCGCACUCCCGCGAGUCAAAACGAUUUAAAGCCAUGUAGGGUGGGCUCCAGCUUAUGCAAAUCAAGUCACGACCACUAUCUCUUCACCUACACGAUGAGUUUAAUAUUCCCAGCCUUUCCGCGCAAAUACUUUGAAGCAAUACGAAUGGAGAAAGAAGCCUGACAGGAACAACUCAGAUUUUACUUUUAAUUUCUGUCAUCCCUCACUCUCUGCAGGUAGAGAAGGGGCGAGGGAGAGCUAAGCUUUGUGGUAGAGAAUAAAAACCAUUCCUCACCAGACAAAGUCAUUUCAAGCUCCUCGUAUGCUCUAAGCAGCAGGUAGAAGAGAUGCUGGAAUUUGGGGGGCAGGCUUAUUGUUCACGGUGCUGUAGUAAUGUGGCUUAGCAGCAUGUGGAUCCAGCGACUGCAGCUUGAAUUCUUUCAAUAUAAAAACUAGCGGCUAUGAUCUAAAAUGGAGGUUUCUUUUGGAAGUGCCUAGUAAGGAUUUUUCCCCACUAAAAUUAAAGCUAGGAGGGGAGCAAUAUACAGACAUAAUGUAACAUCCUGGCUCCCUUCCAUGGGCAUGGUAUAGAAUAGAAGUUCUUCUGGUCUCUUCAUGCAAUGGAUCCAAAGUGGCACUAGCUGCAAGCCCUACAUUACGAGAUGACUUAUGCCAAGGCACUGUGGUCUCUGUCUCAGUGAUGGGACGUUUCUAAACCCCAUUCAUACAUGAUUUUCCCAGGGCCCAUAGCUGUCAGGCUUCAGGAGGCCAAUAGGAACAUUGACUAAACUACAGGGCAGUUUUUGGAAACAGUUGUCCUUGGUUAAGCAGCCCUGUUGCCUGAGUGGAGAUAACUAGCCUAUUGACUUUGCUAAAUUACGAGCAGUUAACAGCCAUCAAACUUUUGCAAUUAACUCCCAUACGCCACACCCAUUGUCAAUGUGUUGAUUAAAAUGCAAGGCCACCUCAUCGUCUCACAUUAAAAUAGUUUAUUUCAGUUGCGAAUCUGUAAUAAUCUUAAAACAAAAUGACAUCAUCAGUGCCUGUUCACAAAUACAAAAACAAAAAUUAAAAAAGACAUUUACCAAAUAAAUUAUUUUUCCCCCUCUAAGAGUAUCAAAAGUGCAAAAUAUUUACCUGCUUUUCAAUCCAAUCUCCCAGGUUGCAUUAUUGUAUUAGUUCCUGGCAAGCUUUUACUGACCAUAUAUAUGUCAGCCAUCACUGCAAAGCUGCUGUGUAGCACACUCAGUCAAGGGGAGAGGUCAGGUACAGUAUUUGGACUCUAGGCUACAUUUCCCUGUGUUGUACAGAUGUUUCGCUUCAGCUCCUAGGAGUUUUACUU